UGGCCUUUUAUCAAUUACCAUUUGUUAAAUUUUUGCGGCUUAAUUCUAUUGGAGCGAUUAUCAUUUUGAUUAUUUAUCUGAUAUUCAAUGAUUUAAAUGUCAUUAACAUGCAAAUUAGUAAAGUGAAUGUACCUCCAUUUCCUAAUAAUCCUGGAAUCAAAAAAAUUGAUGUUGGACAAGGAGAAGACUUUUGGAUUUUAACUUAUGAUGAUAAACUUUAUCAUUGGAUUAGUGUUAGAAGCGAGUUGCUUUACGUUAGAAGCGAUGUUUUAGAUUUUACUAUUGGAUCAGAUGGAAUAGUUUUUUGUAUUCAAAAAGAUAAUAAAAUAUAUAUUAGAAAUUAUUAUCUUAAUGCAUGGAAUCAAAUCGAUGAUGGAAGUUAUUAUUUUAGCAAUAAGAUUUCUGCUUGUAGUUAUAAAACAAUUUAUACAAUAAAUGAUAAUAAUCGUCUUAUUAAAGGUGUCUAUGAUAUUAAUUCCAAUACAUAUAAUUGGGAAUACGUUGAUAAUUCAAGAUAUUAUUAUGUUUCUUGUGCUCCUGAUAAUUCAUUAUGGAUCAUAGGACCCGAUAGUUAUGUUUAUUUAUAUGUUAAUUAUUUUAUACGGUAAACCUUUAUUUAUUUUAUUAUAAUUAAAAUAAAAAUUUAUAGCUUACAUCAUGAAAUCAUAUUUUAUUUUUAGUGUUCCCGUAGCAGAAAUUGUA